AUGUCCAAGAGCAACAACAACCUCCCCCGAUCACCACACGCUAAGAAGGAUUGGACCGCCUCAUCCUUAAGUCCGAUCUCAAAACUUUUGGGCAAUCGUCCGACCGUCGUCCAAAGCCUAGUUUCUAAAGUAGAAGCCAUCAGUUUCGAAGGUAUCCCUCCAUCCGAUCAUCAUCAUCAGCAGCAGCAGCAGCAGCAUCAGACAAAUUUACUUGACUCAGCAUCUUUAAGUCGCCCGUCCUCUUUCCUACAGAGCUCAUCCCCCGACCAAGGCUCUCCUCCCAUCAGCAUCACCAGCUCACCCAACCUAAACGAGAUUGGCCCUCCUCACUUGGAAGAAUUCGUCAGAGAUACUCCGACGAUCCGUCAACUUAAAACCUCUCUCCGCUCCCGAUUACAAACCGAUUCCGAUCGACAUCAAAAACGAUUCAGUGAAGACUCCGGCAGAUCUGACUCAACUGAUCAUCAUCAAACUCCUACCUCUUCCCCCCAACAACUCAAACCUGCCUCCCUCAGAACCGCCUCACAAAAUCGAUCCUUACCUCCCUCACACAUCAAUCUCGUGAACAAGUCUGCACUUCAAAAAGAAACUCUCGAAAGAUCUGAUCAUGCCAGCCAACCAGGCUGUGACGUCAGUUUUGGGACCAGUCCUACUUCUUCAGAACAACCUAUCCGAUCCUCAGACUCCACAAGUCGAUCCAGAGCUUCAACCAAUCUCCCCGACCUCCGCAUCCCCUUAAUCAACUUCAAUCUGUCACCCCCGACGAUAGCCAUCUGGUCUGUAGAAGCUUAUGAUCGCGAGCAAAAGAUCAACUUUGCCGAGAUCGUCGGCCAUUUGAUCGUGCUACCAUUCCACACAGUCUUGGCUAUCAUGAAUCAGUUACCGCUUGCCGGUGGACAUCUCGGCUUAAACCCACUCGCCUCUCAAGCCGAAAAAGACAAUCAAGGUAUCCUACUCACCGCCAGCCGAAUCGCUAUCGGUCUAGUCCUGGCAAGUGGAUGGAAGGUGGUCAGAAGAAUAUUGAAUUGA